AAUUUUGAUGUUUUUGGUAUCAUAUUACAGGGUGAAGUGGUAGAGUUGUAGGUGCAUGUAGGUAUAGGGUAGACUGAGGAAUGAUGGGAGACCGGAAGGGGAAAGAGGUGGAUGGUGAAGGAUCUGAUUGGGACAGUAUGUCUGAGACUGCUCAGCCUCCUCAAAGAGCCCAACCAGCAACAGUGGUAGAAGGUGAGGAUGGAGUUACUGUCACAAGAGAGGAACCAACUAAGUCAAAGACUUUUGGCUCUUCCUUUUUCAGUCGUCUCAAAGGUGGGAAGACAGUGACAGAGAAGGAUGAACAAAAACAGUCCAACCCCAAGGAGAGUUUCACUGACAUCUAUAGUUCCAAGUACAUGCAAAAUGUGACACUGUCUGGAAGUGAAAUUCAGAUUCCCCCUAAGAGUGUGAAGAUAGAAAUGGAGAAUCACGAUUCAGAACAUGAGCCCAAGCUUUCAAGUCCAUUUCCACCUGAAUGUGAAAAAGACCUAGACAAGAGUAUAGGUGUGAAUGAGCUGAACUGUUCAUUGUAUGAUGAUGAUGUUGAUGCCAGGGAUGAAUGGGAUGAGAGGGAGCGUCUGGUGAAAGACGUGGAUGUGCAUGACGCUAAUCCUGUGAAUGCUUGGCGCUUCACCUUAUCUCGUUUCUUCAUCUUCAUUACAACAUUCCCUAUGAUCUUCAUUCAGGGACUCCUCUAUUUCAUCCAGAUGCUGCUGUACCUGGUGAGCACAUUCACUGUGGGUGUGAUCAUUCAAGUGAAGCAGUAUUUGCUGCGCCCCCUCUUUUUGCACAUCCUCCUCCCCCUCUUGCUUUUUGGAGGACUCAUCUUGGAUCGUCUCUAUUCUGCCUCCACUCCCGCCAUGGAGUUUAUCUCCUUUCUCUGCGACAACAUUGCCCGUAUCUUAAGAGCAUUCCGGUUGGUUGAGAUCCACAUCCAUCGACACAGUCCCAUUACCACACCUUUGGCUUCAACAGCCAACCCAUAGGCCUACUCCUCAACUUCAACUACCAAUUGAUGGCCCUGACCCAUGUCUUUGGCAUCUCACCAAUCACCUCCCCUCAACUUCAAAUAUUAAACUCUGGCCCUCCUCCUAUCAUUCUAUUUGUGUGUUGUUGUCAAUGUAACAUUUUGGUGUAAAAUGUAUCCUUAACUCUUGCCAUUUGCUAUCAUGUGGCUUGUGAGACUCUGCUCUCUAGUUAGGUACAGAGAUAAGCAUUCCUGUAGAACUUAUUGUAAGAGAAGUAUUCUCUGUUGACAAUAUAUUUCUUCACAUACAAAAGGUCCAUGGUACCAUAUUCAAGUGAGUACCUGCUGGUGAGCAUAUUCAGGCUGAUCUCCAAAUCUGUGCACCUAAAACCCUUUUCCUUUAAACUGUCUGUAUGGACAAUAUUUGUGACACUACCAGGCAGUUCCUACUAGAAGGUCUUUUGAGCAUUCAUUAUUUCAUGGUAAUGUACCAUGCAUAUCAUGUACACAUCAGGUUAUGUCUUCAAUGGGAUGUAUCAGUUUUUUUUCCCCUUGGCACUCACUCACCUUUGCUCAGGGCUUAACCAUUUCAACAAAUUUUAAAGUUGGCAUAUGGGAAGUGAGGUUUAUUUUGAUUCUUUUCACUUCAUUCUCAUUGUUGGACUGUUUAUAAUGGAAUGUUGCUAGUCGCUCUUUUUACAAGUCUAGUCAUAAUUUUGCCAAUUUAAGUCAGUGUAUGCAUUUGAUGUGUGCCUCUAUGCUUUUUGGCAUGUCGGUCUGAAUUCUGGGGCAUGUUUGCCUUUCUCCAAGUACUCCAUUCCCAUUUAUUAAUUGUAUAUAAAUUUGUUGUGAUGGAGAGUAAAAUGUCUGAGUGUCUUAGUAGUCAGUCUGUCUCCUUGUGGGUGUAUUGUGUGCAUUGAGGACAUGGUCUCAUUUCACAUACCUCUCUUUCUCCGCACAAUUUGGAUUCUUAAAUUUCUUCUGCCUCCUUCCAUAUCCAAUAUAGAUAAAACCAUCUGAGCACCUAAGUUCGGACAUUAUAACAUGCCAUUUUAUUAAGCUAAGUAUUCAUGAGGUCAUUCUCAAAAUACUUCUAAGCAGUGAAGAACUGUUUCCAAGGGUGACCUCACAAAUGCUUAGUUUUGUGGCAAUAUGUCUGAACUUAGAUUAGAUGGCUUUUCCAUACUAUACUUCUUUGCCUUCAUCUGUGAUCCAGUCCUUUGAUUUCCAUCUGUGAUCUUGCAAUGCAAUGCUGAUAUUGUGUCUUCUGAUGCAUUCUAUGUUGUGUUUCCCACUUCAUCUAUGCAUAUCUGUUCAUUUUGUCUUCAUGCCGU